AGAGGUGGGGUCGUGUGUGAUUGCCAAGUAGAAUUCCCCAAUAGUAUUCGAGCUCGAGGUAACGGGCAGGCUGACUGACUAAUGAAUCCUCGACGUGGCCAGCUCAGUUCUCCAAUCGCCGAGCGGCGGGCCCCAGUCUGAGCGGCGAUGGCGGCGGCGGCGGCGGCGGCAGCAGCAGCGGGGGCUGCGGGCGGUCGGGGCUCCGGGCCGGGGCGGCGGCGCCAUCUUGUGCCCGGGGCCGGUGGGGAGGCCGGGGAGGGGGACCCGGGGGGCGCAGGGGACUACGGGAACGGCCUGGAGUCUGAGGAGCUGGAGCCUGGGGAGCUGCUGCCAGAGCCCGAGCCCGAAGAGGAGCCGCCCCGGCCCCGCGCCCCUCCGGGAGCUCCGGGUCCUGGGCCCGGCUCGGGAGCCCCCGGCAGCCAGGAGGAGGAGGAAGAGCCGGGACUGGUUGAGACCGACCCCGGGGACGGCGCCAUUGAGGACCCGGAGCUAGAAGCGAUCAAAGCUCGAGUCAGGGAGAUGGAGGAAGAGGCUGAGAAGCUAAAGGAGCUACAAAACGAGGUAGAGAAACAGAUGAAUAUGAGUCCACCCCCAGGCAAUGCUGGCCCAGUGAUCAUGUCUCUUGAGGAGAAGAUGGAGGCUGAUGCCCGUUCCAUCUACGUUGGCAAUGUGGACUAUGGUGCGACAGCAGAAGAGCUGGAGGCCCAUUUUCACGGCUGCGGUUCAGUCAACCGGGUGACUAUACUCUGUGACAAAUUUAGUGGCCAUCCCAAAGGGUUUGCAUAUAUAGAGUUCUCAGACAAAGAGUCAGUGAGGACGUCCCUGGCCUUAGAUGAGUCCCUGUUUAGAGGAAGACAAAUCAAGGUAAGCCUAGGGCCCUGGCUACUAUCCAUUCUGUACAGAUUCUCCAGCUUGACUCCAAGGCUUUCUGUUCUCUGUCCUUUUCAGGUGAUUCCCAAGCGAACCAACAGACCAGGCAUCAGCACAACAGACCGGGGCUUCCCGCGUGCCCGAUACCGCGCCCGGACUACCAAUUACAACAGCUCCAGAUCUCGAUUCUACAGUGGUUUUAACAGCAGGCCCCGGGGUCGAAUCUACAGGUCAGGAUAGAUGGGCUGCUCCUCUUCCCCGCCUCCCAUGAGCCCUUAGGCUUACGUUCUUUCCUGAUCUGAGGACCCUUACUCCCAUGUCCUCCCUUUGGUUCCAGGGACUUGGUCCUUCUUGUGCAGAAUAAGGAAGUAGUUGCAGGCCAGUUGUGUACGUUUUCUUGAGUAGGAGUUGAUGAGGGUCAAUUUGUUGUGAGGUGUUUGUUCCCUUGGCCUUUUGGGGAAUUGGUGGCAGUGAAAGUGUUUACACUCAGAGUUGUAAGGCCUCAGGGUAGGAAAAGUAGCUUGCUUGGAGUUUGUUACUUUUCCCAUGCUUGGAAGGAUCCAGCUCCGGGCGGGUCCUCCCACAGCCAUAUUCCCAAGGUUAGCUGUCUGAUGGGGCUUGGUGGCUCCGCAGUGUGACUGCUCUAUUCCUUCUGUCCUUGCAUUUGAAUUGCACAGUAAGAUAAAGCCUGCUUUCCUACCAGAUAGGGCCUGGGUGCUGUGGAACACUGGGCAAACAAUGGAUCCUUUUUCUUGUCCUCAGUAUCUAAGAUGUAUUUCCUUGCCCCUUUCCCACCUCAAGGCCCCCCAGUUUGCCAGUUGUGUUAUUCCUGGAUUGAGGCCUCGCUUUUGAGGUGCUCCCUUCAGUCACUGGGGCAGUUGCGGGCCCAAGGGGAGGGUCUUGCACUGAACUCUCUAGUAACCCUGUUAACACCUAACUCUCCUUCUUUCUUCCAGGGGCCGGGCUAGAGCGACAUCAUGGUAUUCCCCUUACUAAAAAAAGUGUGUAUUAGGAGGAGAGAGAGGAAAAAAGAGGAAAGAAGGAAAAAAAAGAAUUAAAAAAAAAAAAAGAAAAACAGAAGAUGACCUUGAUGGAAAAAAAAUAUUUAAAAAAAAAAAAAGAUAUACUGUGGAAGGGGGGAGAAUCCCAUAACUAACUGUGAGGAGGGACCUGCUUUGGGGAGUAGGGGAAGGCCCAGGGAGUGGGGCAGGGGCUACAUAUUCCCUCUGGGGAUUCGCCAUGGACACAUCUCAACUGUGCAAGCUGCUCCCUGUUUCCCUGCUCCCCUUCAUCCUCUUUGGGCCUGCUCAAGGGUAGGUGGGCACGGGUGGUAGGAGGGCUUUU